AAUCAAACACAUGAUAAGAAUUGGACAACUGGACAGCCCAUACGACACAAAAAACGGGUCGGGUCGAUCCGAAAAGCAUCCAACCGUUCAUUCCAUUUCGCACCGAAUCACCAUCACCAUCAUCAUCAUCUACCCCCUUCUCGUUUCGCUGCGAUUCUACAAAUUCCGGCGACCGGAGCAUUCUCUCCUCGGUUUCCUAACCAUUUCUACAAUUCAUUCAUCCUCUCCCUUCCUAGGGUUUCUAUGAUACCAUGACAUUUUCCGACGACGAAGACGAAAAUCUAGCUCAGUUUCUGGAAUCAGAAAUCCUCUCCGAGGUAUCUGACAAGGAAGAGGAGGAUGUGGAGGAACCAAAAGCUAAGAGAAAAUGCAUAGAAGAGGCUGAGAGUAUUAAGGAGGGUACCAAACAGUGUUCUGGUUCAUCAUCUGUGCCUAAGAACUAUGGUGUCAAUAAUGCUCUACUGAGAAGGAUUGAGACUGGUUCUUUCAGCAAAGUCCCGCCAGAACUUUUCCAUCACAUCCUCAAAUUUCUGUCAUCUGAGGACCUUAUUUCUUGUACCUUAGUCUGUAAGUUUCUAAGUUAUGCUGCAUCUGAUGAAGCAUUGUGGCGUCGCCUGUAUUGUAUGCGGUGGGGCCUUCUUCCCCCCACAAGGAAGAUAAGGGACUGCCCAUGGAAAAAGCUAUACAUUCAGCGUGAUGAAAAGGACAUGGAUGAACUUGUCAGUAGCUGCCAAAAUGAGUUUAAGGAGUACUAUAUUCAAAUGCAAACAGCUAAGAGAAGUCAAGCACCCCAUCCUUCACAGUUGAAGGAUGAUAGCAUAAUUCUUGACAAAACAUUAGCUGAUCAAGUCUCAUCAUGGAAAAGCAGCAGGGGCCUCGGUGAUACAGUGGUGACUGACCAUGCUUGUUCUGGGAAGGCAUGCACAUACUACAAAAUUGGAGAUGUAUUUAUUUGUGAGAAGACCGGACAAGUUCAUGUUUGUGAUGAAACAUGUAAAGAAGUAGUUAUGGAUCCCGCCGAGGAGAUUUUGGUCUGUACAAUAUCAGGGCACUGUUUUGAUGGAUUAUUAUCAGCAUCUGAAAUGGAGCCCGAUUUUGAGCAGCAGCAAGGUGUUGCAGCAGAUGAGGAAGAACCAUUUAUGGGAUCAGGCCGUUUCGCACGAGCUUAUUUGCUGGGAUACAAUUGUGCUGAUGAAAAGGAGCUUGAAGAUACUUUGAGGUAUUGCUGAACCCCAUUUAGCUCUUCUGGAGUGGAUGAUCUCAUGUCUCAUCCAUCACUUACCUACUGAAUAUGGGAUGUGCUUUUCAGUUUCUCUUGGCAUAAUGAUAUCUGCUCAGUCUUACUCUUACUGUAAACCUUUGGUUUUUGUACUAUUAGUCGAAUGCUUUAUGCUAGUAGUCGUACUUUAAUACAUAGUUGAAUCCAUUAGAAUAA